UAAAAGUAAAUGUUUAUUCAGCGGUUGAUAUAAUCUAAUGUGUCUAUUUAGUUAAACUUGUGAAAAAAUAUAAUGCACAUUUUAUACAAUUGUAUAAUUUAAAAACAAAUUGGAAAAUUACUGGCACUAAUGCAAUUUGCAAUUCCAAAUUUAUUAUGCGUGAAAUCAACAGCAAAGAAACACAUGAAAUUUAGUGUGUAAAAUAGAACAAAAACAAAACCAAUGUCUUCAAACGGAAAGUCAAUAACAAAAGGAAACAAAUAUGUAUGACAGCGACCAGAAUCUUCAAGACGACGAAAUAUGCCGCGUUUUGGACAUUUCUGGGGGCUUAUUAUAUAUAUAAUCACAUAAUAGCAAGAGUGUAAACUUUACCGGUGUAAAAGAACUUUUAAAGCCCUUUUCCGUUUGUACCGAAUGUUUUCUAAUAUGGCAUCCUGGCGCAAAGGAAAAACACGUCAUGAUAAGGUAAGAAAAAACUUGGUGCUGAAGGCCAAUGGUAAAAUAAUACAACUAGAAGUCUUUUAUAAUGCAGAUAAGGAACAUAUAGUAGAAGAUAUCUUAUCUGCUGAUGAUAAAGUAUUUAAAAUAAAGAAAGACAAUGAUGGUAACAUAUGUAUGGAGAAAAUACAAGAAGAACGUAAAGAAGCUGAUAUUUGUCAAGAUGACCGUCACGAUGGAAAAACACUUGAAAUAAACGAUGAACGGUCGGAUGAUGAUCAUCACCUGAUGAAAGGUCAAGACGAAUAUCGUUCACCUAACAGUAGCGACUCUGCAGACGAACACACUUUUGCCAAAGUUCAUUCAAUUGACAAAACAGUAGAAGGACAACAAUACUACCCGAACCGAAGCUUAUUAGAUACAGUUCACUUUAACAGUGUGGUUCAUCAACAGAAAGAUAGAGAAGACAGCAUUGCGACGGAACGUUCCGUGAUAGACCUUGAUGUAGAACAAGGACUUUAUGAAAACACUGAAGUGUUUCAGUUUGCAAAGAGAGGACAUAGUAGUAGUAGUAUCUACUCAAUGGAAAAUCUGGGAACCAUUGCGCACUUGGACCUAGAUCAGGAAAGGAAUCUCAUACUUGGAGAGGAUGAUACAACAAAAGAUCAUGUUCAUCAAAGAGAGGAAACGGAACUAAGUUACCCAUUUAGCAAAGCAGAAGUUCCACCUGGACUUAGCGAAAGAAAAUACACUUGUUGUUUUGGAGAAGACAAAAAGUUGUACAUCUAUAGUGGAUCUAUCCUGUCAAUCAAAGGGGUAGAUAUUGUCGCUUGUGGUAAUUCUCCUAGUGGAAAAUCAAAAGGUUCCCUCCUUAUAGCUAUAGAGGAAAUGGGCGGCAGAACUUAUAGAGAUGCAAGGCGUAAAGCUUUUAGAAGACACACUCAGAUUGAAGAAGUUAUUGUGUGCGGAAGCGGGGAUAUAAUGAAUUUCAAAUGGGUUGCACACGUACUAAUGCCUCGUGAAACUGAAGGAGGAGCGAAAAUCCAAUUAGCAUUUUACAAAAUAUUUGAAACUCUGAAAGAAAAACGGUGCCAUACACUGGUACUUCCGUUGAUUGGAACAGGAAAAGGAAGGGGCGACCCAAUACUUUAUGCAGUGAGCUUCUUUGAUGGUCUUCUGAGAUUCUACAGACGUAACAAACACUAUCGGUUUGAAAUCCAUCUUGUUGAUACAGAAAAGGAAAGGAUAAAGACAGUUGUGGAUGAAGUGAAGAAAGCUGCCAGAAAAGCAAAACAGGAGUCUUCCAGUGAAAAAACGUCCCAUGGAACAGAUACUUCUGCUGACGUAAAUUCAAAGAACAAACUUUACGACAAAGAAUUGACCAGCGUUAGUGAAUAUACCGCCAGAGAUGUGCGUUCGUACUCAAGUACCAAUUUUGGCAGUAGAGAAUACCGUGCAAAGAAGGAAAUGCUGUACGGUUUCAAGCGGUCCAGUCCAAGGUAUCCGCGGAAGACAAUGGAGAAAAAUCUAUCAGUUGACUCCGAUUCUUCAUCAUAGGUAGAAAUUACCACGUACGGUAAUAGAGUGUUUGACAAUAUUCCAAAGCGAACGAUGAAAAAAAAUAAUCAAAUAUUGAAAACAACUACAACUUAUUGUGCUAUUACUACAUCUGCAGAUAUUCUUAUAAUUAUCACGCGGUCGUUUCAUUAGAUAUUUAGCGUUAUUAGGACCUUGAAUGUGUUAUGCACAAUUUACCACACAAAACUGAAAAUUACUAGGAAUAGUUUUUGUAUACAAUAAGAUGCAAGGGGUGUACGGAAUGUAAUGCUUGUUAUUGUAACAUUGACCAAAAAGAACAUUUUAAGCUAC